CUCUCCUGAUUUACCUCUCCGGCUCCACGUGUUGUUUACCACACGCAAUUAGUUUGUUCUUUAUUUAAAAGUUUUAGAUAUUAAAAUAAAAAUUUUGUAUACCCUUAAACCAUGGGACGUAAGGCAGGUUUUGAUGAAAAGCCAAAGAAGGGGCCUGGACGCAAGGCACGCAAACAAAAACCUCCCACAUUUCCCAAGAAGUCUUUUGCGCCUAUUGAUGACAAGGACGAUAAGAAACUAUCGCAUCGUCAAAAGCAGCGUCAAGCGAAGAGGGUCCAAAAGAAAGAGUUGCAGAAAUCAAAGCGUCAAAAACUGAAAGCUACUGCAGAUCAAGGCUAUAAUAGCGGUGGUGAAAAACAAAGGCGUAAAUACGAUAGUGAAAGUAAAGAUGAGGCCAGCGAGGGAGAGCAUGUAAAUGGUUCACCAGACGUUCAGGAAAGUAGUGAAGAUGAAGAGGCCCAAAAGGCACAAAAAGUUAACUAUCGUGGCAAGGGACCGAUAAUAAAAGGAUUUACAGAUGAUAAUCAGAAAUGGCUAAAGCCAAAACAAUCAAAGGAAGCAGCUAAGCCAGUCGCGAAGGAAGUCCACAAAAAAGAUGAAGCGAGUGAUGAAGAAGAUGGCGAAGGGAUGGAAGUGGAUUCCGACGAAGAGCAAGAGGAGGACGAUGAAGAGGUGGAAGAUGAAGCUGAUCAAGAUGAUGGCGAAGAAGAAGAAAAUGAAGAUAGUGAUAGUGGCAACCUGAAAGUAGGGAAACUAGCCGAUAUCUCCGACGACGAUAAUGAUGAUGCCAACUCAGAUGAUGACUUUGAUGUUUCUGAAGAAGAAGGGGAUAAUGCAGACGGUUCCGGCAGCGAUGACAAUGGCGAAGAAGAACCUGAUGAAAAUGACGAAGAAGAUCUUUUACCGAUCGAAAAGGCAAAUAAAAAACUAAAGAAACGAGAAGCUAAGGAAGCAAAAAUGGCCGCAAAAGAAAUGCAAAUGUCAAUUGAUCGUCAAGAAGUUUUUACAUUCCCGGAUGAAAAUGACGAAGAACAGAAGGAAAUAAGCCUUCAAGAAAUUCAGCAACGUAUUAAAGAUAUUACGCUUGUAUUAUCGGAUUUCAAUAAAUAUCGCCAACCAAAUCGGUCUCGGACUGAAUACUUAGAUCUACUGCGACACGAUCUCUGUGUUUACUAUAGUUAUAACGAUUUUCUUAUGGGAAAGUUGAUGGAUAUGUUCCCAUUGACCGAGCUUAUGGAAUAUCUAGAAGCAUCAGAGGUUCCCCGCCCACUUACAAUCCGCACAAAUUCACUGAAAACUCGUCGUCGUGAUUUGGCUGCUGCACUGAUCAACCGGGGCGUUAAUCUAGAUCCCUUGGGAAAGUGGACUAAAGUCGGUUUAGUUGUCUAUAGUUCACAAGUGCCGCUUGGUGCAACACCGGAAUACUUGGCUGGACAAUAUAUGAUACAAGGGGCCUCGUCAAUGCUACCAGUAAUGGCAUUAGCACCACAAGAAAACGAACGUAUUUUAGAUAUGUGUUCAGCUCCCGGUGGCAAAGGCUCGCAUAUAGCUGCCAUUAUGAAAAACACUGGUGUUCUCUUUGCAAAUGAUGCAAAUCGUGAACGCAUAAAGGCGGUGGUAGCCAACUUCCAUCGACUGGGCAUAAUAAAUGCUAUCGUUAGCUGUGAAGACGGGAGUAAAUUCCGCAACUUAAUGACGGGUUUUGAUCGCAUUCUUUUAGACGCGCCUUGUACGGGUACUGGUGUGGUCUCCAAAGAUCCAAGUGUGAAAUCAACAAAGGAUGCAGUAGAUGUGCAACGUUGCUAUAAUCUGCAGCGCAAGUUGCUGUUAACCGCCAUUGAUUGCGUUGACGCAAAAUCCAAAACAGGUGGGUAUAUUGUGUACUCAACAUGUUCGGUGCUUCCCGAGGAGAACGAAUGGGUGGUUGACUAUGCGCUUAAGAAACGAAAUGUCAAACUAGUGUCAACUGGAUUAGAUUUUGGAGUUGAAGGUUUCACUAAAUAUCGUCAGUAUCGCUUCCAUCCCAGUUUGAAUUUGACUCGCCGUUAUUAUCCGCAUACACAUAACAUGGAUGGUUUUUAUGUGGCCAAAUUCAAAAAGUUCUCAAAUACCAUACCGGCGACUAAAGCGCAACAGGAAGAAGAUGAAAAGGAAUUGGAUGAAGCAAUUCCGAACGCUGCGAAGAAGGUAAAUGAAGGAGAGGGCGUUGCUGCCGAGUUGGGAGAUGACGAAAAUGCGCCCCGCAAACGUGUUGGUAAACGUGCUGGCAAACCAAGCCUUUCGGAAGUUGAGUUGGAUUUGAAAAAGAAGAAAAUUGCACUAAGCAAGUCUAAAUAUAUUGGAAAUGUAUUUGAAAAGCCAGUUAAAGUACCCAAGAAAAAGAAAACGGAGGCAACGGAACAUUGAAUAAAUUACGGAAUAUAUGUAGAUUUUAUGUAAAUAUCGUUUAUUGUAAAUUAUGCUUUUUAGGAUUUUCACUGACUUCCAGCUUAGUUUAUUUUUGGCAAUAAACAGCGAUAUAAGGCCAAUUAUAGUCCCAAUAGCUCGCAUAUUUCCUCGCA